AUGUCCUCCUCCGCAGAUGAUUUGGUGUCUGCAUUGGUGCGCAAGUUGGAGGCAUCCAUUGACACCACCAGCCAAGACACUACUGGGUGCCUUCUACUAGCCAAGGAAAAUGAAGCACUCAAGAUACAAUUGAAAGCUUUGAAGACUGAAAAAGAACACGAGGACCUCAAGAUACAAUUGAAAGCUUUGAAAUCAGAAAAUGCACAGCUGAAGAAAGAAGCGCAAGCCCACCAAAAGGAGCAAAUGGAAUUGUUGUGUCGGCAGUUGCAAGACCUCCAAAAACAGGUAGUUAAGAAUCAGAAGGAGCAAGCAGAUGCUGUCCGAAAAGAACUCAAUGAUCUCAAGAAGGUUGAUAAGAAUCCGCAAGGGGCAAGUAGAUUCUUGCCGAAGGAACUCAAUGAUCUCAAGAAGGAUGAUAAGAAUCAGAAGGCUCAGGCAGAUUCUCUCCGAAAGGAAAUCAAUGAUCUCAAGAAGGUUGAUAGAAUCAGAAGGAGCAAGUAG